UUCUGGACUAACUGAGAAAGACAAGAAGAAAAAUCUUCUCAACCUGUAAUUUCUCAAUUUUUAUAUACCAACAUCUUCCUUUAUUCCAUACCUCCUUUAAAAGUCUUAUGGCUCUUCUAUCAACCAUGUUUAUCCUUUUUCAGCUUUUAUAAAUCCUCUCUUAUAAUUGGUAUCUUUUCACAUACUAAGGAAGCUAGCUCAUCAAACUUCAAAGCUCAAAAAUUAAGAAACACCAAGGAAAAGGAAGGGAAGGGAAGAAAAGGGAAGCUAUGGGGAGGGCUCCUUGCUGCGAUAAAGCCAACGUCAAGAAAGGCCCAUGGUCACCUGAGGAAGAUGCAAAGCUUAAGGCAUACAUAGAGAAACAUGGCACUGGUGGUAACUGGAUUGCUUUGCCUCAGAAAAUUGCAGGCCUUAAAAGAUGUGGCAAAAGCUGCCGUCUUAGAUGGUUGAACUAUCUUCGCCCAAAUAUUAAGCAUGGAGGCUUCUCCGAGGAAGAAGAUAACAUAAUUUGCAGCCUCUAUAUUAGUAUUGGGAGCAGGUGGUCUAUAAUUGCAGCACAAUUGCCAGGAAGAACCGACAAUGACAUAAAGAACUACUGGAACACGAAACUGAAGAAGAAGCUUCUUGGUAAGCAACGGAAGGAGCAACUUGGUCGGAGGGGUAGUGGCCUCAAGCAAGGGAGGAAGAGAGUAAAUGCUAAUCCUAUGUUUUCAGUAGAUCACAACAAUAAUCAAAACCCUCAUUGGCCAGAGCUACCUUUACUAGAUCCCAUACCAUACUCCAUCCAAGAACCACGCUUUAAUGACCAUGCUUCUAUAAGGAAACUGCUUGUCAAGCUUGGAGGAAGAUUUUCUGAUGAUGAUCAACUGAUCCGCAAUACUGCAACAAAUUCUCAUCAAAUCCCAUACGACAUAUCAUACACACCGCAACUUCAUGAUCAGCCCAUCAAUGUCUCUUCUUCUGCUUCCGUGGAUGCCUUAAAUGACACUGCUCUUCAAUUUCCACAAGCACUAUACAAUAUUGAUGGAGGUGGGCUACAAAUGAUGCAAGGACAAAGCAAUUUGCCUGUGGAGAUUGAGGAAAUGGGAUACAACAAUAAUCCACAAAGAUUGGAUGGACUGGAGUUUCUACUCGGCGAAGAUAUGCUGAAUUAUAUAAUUGGGACUACUUCUGGAGAAAGCAUAGUUGGCUCCUCGGGUGAGAUGAGCUCUCUGGUGUAUCCUCCUAUGGCUUCAAACUGUGAAGAGAUACAGCAAAGGUUGCUACAAGAAUGUGCUCUUGAGAAGCUGAGGUACCCUGCAGCUCUAUAAUAUUGUGUUGUGCAUCAAUGAUACAGGUAGUAUAUGUAGAUUCGUAGCGAUAGGGAAGCUGAUGUUGGACCAUAAUAAGCUCAUUCGUGACAUGUUUGCUAUCCCUAUUGGCAGAAAGUAUAAUAAAUAUAGUUCAUUUGGGUGUCAUAUGAAUAUAUAUAGUUCAUUUGGGUGUCA